CACAGUACUCAGGAGUGUCUGUCUAAUACUUUUUGGUAACUGUCUUGUACUCCUACGGUCGUUUUUAAUAGCACAGCCGAGCUUCUUCAGUAGCCUAUUGCAGUACAUCUAAUCUCGAGCCAUUCCUCAACAUUUCUGUAGUCAGUGUCGCUCGUGCUCGCGCGUGUUCCUGGCAAAAGAAAAAGGAAGCACUCCGCCCAAAUCCAGCCUCAAUGCCUUCAUACCUCCGCAGUGUCAAGAGACGUUUACGAGAAAGUUUAACUGAAGAACGGACAUUUAAUUUCUUCCGUAUUUUAAACCGUGACAGCAGGCGCUCGUAUUCGGGAGCGGGAAAAACCCUCCGUUUUAGCUCACGAACCAACUGUUGUGGGAAGAUAAAAGUUAGAAGCAAGACCAGGAUGUUCCAAAGUUUGGAUUUUUUUGUUUUAAGUUGCCUUUUUCUAUCGACUGAAUCGGACGCAGGCCAGAUAUUACGACCACAAAAUGUGUCUCUACAGUGGAAAAGUGAUUUUGAACCGCUGCUGACAUGGGCACCACCACAGCAUUCAGGGGAAAACUGCACAUAUACGGUCACGAAAAGGACCUGGACGAAUUCCCUCGAAGAAAUAAACAUUAAACAAACAGCUCCCUGGUCUACGUACACCGUGAUGGAGGGAGGAUUUCUGGAAGUAUCUGUUGAAGCUGUCUGUAGUGGUGGAGUUACGGUUUUUCUUAACCACACCAGCCCAGUGCUGGUGAGGAAUUUGAAUUGCAUCUAUUCCUCCAAAAAAAGUCACUGCUCCUGGACACCAGUCAGUCACACUCCAGAUCUUGCUUUCUUCUAUAGGUUACAGAAUGAGGACCACACAACAGAGGCUGACGACGAUACCCUUUCCCCUUUAAAAGAGUGCUCAUCGUACAACUACGCUGCCGGCGUCAGGACUGGUUGUGAUCUACAGGCAGAUAUCAAGCACGCCAUCCACAUCUUGUUUAACGGAACGCAGAAAAACAUGACUGUCAGGAACACCUUCAGGAGAGUUCUCUUACAAAAUGUGAGACCUUCUGCCCUUCAGUGGAACGUCACUAAAAAUGGGAGUCAGUUGAAUAUCAGCUGGAUUUCUCCUGACAUCAUAGAUCUGUCUCAAUGGAGGUUUAUAAUUAAUUACACUGAGUGUGAUCAAAUAAAGGUUAAAACUGUAGAUGGCGAUUUAUCAAUUCAAGUCAAACUGGUCUCUCACUGUCGGUACCGCAUGGCUAUUAAAGCACAGACCACGGGAGCGAUACAGGCAGAGACACCAUGGAGUGACGAGAAGUAUUUUGAUGCAGAUACAGAUCCCAAUGCGUUGGUGUAUGCUGCUGCCAUUAUCAUCCCACUGAUGUUUGCUGGCUUGGCGGCCCUGACUUUUAUGUGUUGCAGGAAGAAUAAGGAGAAGAUUUUCCCCAAAGUACCAGAACCUCGGGACCUUAUCAGCGAUAUUUCUGACAACAACAAUAAGAGCAACGUUUGCAACCUGUACAUCCCUGCAGUGGAAGAAGACAACUGUAAAAUCACUCUUGUGAUAGAUCCCCAUAGUAAUCUUAUCUGAAAGCACCGAGUCUCCCAAAGUCUUGUUGUACUGGCUCACCAAGAACUCGAGAGGCUUUCAUCACGGUCUAACUCAUGAACCCACGAGCUUCCUGGGCAGCUACUGCAUUUCUGCACGUUGUUUUUCAAAUACUGAUGCAGAUGAAAUCCUUCAUGAGGCUGCUAUUUAGACUGGUAGUGCAGAAGCGUGUUACACUGAAGGACAUGGGACUGAAGCCCCAAAUAUGCCGCAACAUCGAGCUGAAUUCACAUCAAUAAUCUAGAAACAUUGGAAAAUUCCUUAUCGCCAUGUGUUGUUUACACACCACCAGCAGCUCCUAUUUUGGAAAUGUAAUCACUUUGUUAGACUUUUUUUUUUUUUUUUUACUGUUUUCUGUCCUGAAUGAACGCAAACAAAUACAUCCAUUACUCUACACGCCCCAACAUUUUAUAUCUGAGCUGUAAGUCUUGCAUUGCACCAAGUAGCCCCACAGUGUCACUACUUCAGGAACUAGUUUUUGGGAGACCCCUUGGACACAUGCUGUAACCCCAGCAGCCAAGGAUCAGUGGAAAUGGGCAACCCUGGAGAGUUCAGUAAUGCAGACAGACGAGAGAACGGUUUAAUCUGGAUCUACUAAUCCGUAGAUCUGCAGUUUGAUCCCCGGUUCCUCAAGUGUGCACGUCCAAGUGCCUCGGGCAAGAUACUGAACCCCGGGAACAAUUCAUUUCUUUGUCUGAUGAGCAGCUGGCUACCUUCAGUAGUCAGUGUGUGAAUGUGACAUGUAGUGUUAUGUUUUUUGAUAAUCACAGCUUUUUUUUCAGCAUUUACUAAGCAUUAAAUGCAUAUAUCUAUAUAGAUAUAUAUAUAGAGAGAGAGAGAUAGAGAUAGAGAUAGAGAUAUAUAUAUAAAUAUUAGAGACAUAUAGAGAGAGAUAUGGGACAAAGCAACUUAAUCAAAAAAAAUCAUUAGUUGUCUGUCUGUCACCUGUAGAUUAGUGUGUUUACUCAUUUACUGUCCUGUUUUCUCUUGAUCAAUGAGAAUUCCUCGUGUCAAACAAUCUAUUAAAGGAAAAAUAAAAUUAAAAUAAACUGCAUGCAACCGGCAUUAAGUUACAGCCAGACCGUCUGUGCAGUCUGCUGUACACAGAAGACAUUUAUUGACUUGUGUCUGAAGAACAGGGUGCUGAUCAUACAGGAUUUAAUGAAUGUGUCCUCUGCUGCUAUGCUAAUGUUAAAAGACACCAUCUGAAGUUCUACUCCGCCUUGCUGUACUUGGAAGUAUCUCAGCUGGUCUGUGGUGGUCGCAUAGCCUCUUGUUAUCUUGCUGGGCAACUCAGUGGUUUGCUGGUCAGCUAGCAUAAAUACAUUGAGCGUUAUACCACGGUCUGCUUACGGUGGUUUAGCUGCUUUGUUUUCAGUAGAGGAAACAAACGCCGCUUGUGCUCUGCGCCAAAAUGGUUUAUUUUGGUGACCAGAUGAGAGGAAAGCGAACGGAUGCUGAUCUUGUCUGGUCUGCCAUCAUCGGUUUCCUCCUUGACCACGAUCAGACCACUUCUGUCCCAGCUCAGCAGUGCCAACCACAUUCUAAAAAGUUAGCAAACAUGCUGAACUUAAAGACAUUUAAAACAUAAAUACCAUAGUUAGGACAUAAUGGGCAGGAUAGCAAAAAGCCUGAGUUAUGGUUUAACAUCUCCAAUGAUUGCCUUUAUUUAUGUGUUUGGAACAUCACGAGAAGGGUAAAACAUUUGCUCUUUCAACAACACAAAGAAAUACAGUUAUACUGAAUGUACAUGGAUUAGGCUUCUGAUAAGCUCAGACUUUAUUGCGAUGGAUAUAAUGAAGUUCUCCCUUCCCCUCUUCUGUUGAGGACUGUGAAUAUGAAAAGAAUGAAGCACUCAUGUAAAAAUGCUAGUGUAUCAAUAUUGGUGCUAUGCAGUUUGAGAUGAAUAUUUUGAUGAUGUGCCCAUGUUGGUGGGUGCAAACUUUUGGAUGGUUCAUAAAUUAUGUUAUGCUCAUGUUAUACAAUGUUUUUCAAUAAACAGUUUAAGUUGCCAUGUCUGCACAAACAAA